AACAAGCAUGAUGGUUACGGAGGUGCUAAUUUUUCGACAGGAGAAAGCAGCUGGUUACUGUUUUUAAAAAUAUUAUUCUUUCUGUACUAUAAAGUUGCGUCGAGCCAUAAUUUCUGCUCGGGAAAAUGGCAAGCAAAAUAGAAACCCUGUGCAGACAAGCGAUUAAGACUUUUUCAAGAGGCUCUAGACGUCUGUCAGUCGGUGCAUUCGAUGAAAAUCUCAACGUCCUGAGAAGCUACGCAAAUAAAAUCACCGCAUCGGACGUAGGUCUGGCGCAGUCACUCGCCACCGUUCCCCCAAGCAGCAAGGCCAACGUUACUUACAUCCGAAUCUACGAGGACCUGGACGUGUCCGUGGGCAUAUUUGUGCUGAAGCCGCAAACGUCGCUGCCUCUGCACAACCACCCCAACAUGCAGGGGAUUCUAAAGGUGCUCGAAGGCCGAGUGGAAGUCCAGAGCUACACUCCCCUGGAAGCAAACCAGAUCGACUCGUACCUGAUGUUCGCCCAAAAGCACGAGCAGAUUUCCGCCGACGUCAACAGCGGCGUCUGCACCCUGGAUGCGGUCAGGCAGAACCUGCACGAAAUCCGGCACGGAAGUGGCAGCUGUGCCGCGUUUCUGGACAUACUGGCGCCUCCGUACACGGACUUCCCUGACAGCGAUGGAGAGGAGCGAGACUGUUUUUACUACCAGACGUGCGGUGAUCAGUGCCAGGAUGGACAGGUGGUCACAAGACUCGUUCGCAUUCCCACGCCCAAGAGCUACACUUGUGAUAUGGCCGAGUACAAGGGCCCUUCUGUGGAGCAUUUGUACCGAUAGGACCGAGUUUAUUGUCAGUUCACAAGGGGAGUGCACUUUUGAAGAGACAAAUCAAAUUGUCCUGAUCGCGGUAAAAUUGCGCAUCGCUAAAAUAACACUCAAAUAUUCACUGUCGAAUUGAUUGUUGACCUUUUUUAUCCCUGUCCUCGGAGCGGGAAGGGCGCACACUGCACUAGCACGAAUGCUGAAACCCGGGUCCCAAUAACACCGCGAACGGAUAACAUGCGGGCGCACCAGGCCGCACAGGGACCCAGCCCACUCAAGGGCCACUUGCCUCCUCACCGAGGACUGCAUUGAAACGCUAGACAUUCGUCCCGUGAAGCCAAAUCACGCAUGCUGGAAGGGUGCAAAGCAGCAAGUAGCGAGUCACCUCCCAGCCCGUUGAGCAAUUUGAGCAUUUCGAGUCACUAAACUAACCACUUUUUGCCAUCUCUGACAUUGGGUGGCUAGUAUUAGAUCUCACAACUUCUCAAAUACCUCCCAUUGCUUUGACACUCCUGAGAGUGCCUUAACAAUGCGAGGCAACGGGCUGCUUUUUUGCAACAAGGAAAUUCGCGUUUGGUUGAAAGUUGCGCAAUUUUUUCCGAAAUGAUCGAUUUUUGUACUUUUGAAAAAUUUAAUGACUUGGCAGUUUUUCCAACAAAGAGGUGCUCAGGAAAAAUCGCGUGUAGAAUUAGGGAAAUGUGUCCUUGGGCAAAUUAUCUUCUACUUUCAUACUCUGUUUGAAGAAAUUAUCCUUUUUUGGAUUACUAGGUGCGCUCUCCUUGGCAGCAUUAUUUAAAUACAGACGUAACUUACCUUUAUUUAAAAUUAGAGAAAAAAAUAGAAUGAAAAACUAUUGAGAUUCCCUAAAACUUAAAAUUUGAUUGCUACCGACUGAUUCAAUAUUUAUAAUAAUUUCUAUUAUCCUGCUCAAAUAGUCAAAUUAAAAUUAGUGCUCUGAAAUUCAAUCUAUAGACUUAGGAAUUUUUGUCCUUAUAUCAUAAAUUAAAUUUGGUAAUUGAGUUAGCUUUUUGCGGCAAUAUCCUAAAUUGACGAGUUUUUGACUAUUUUAGAGGAAAUUAAAUGAAUACCAUAGUGUCAGAAAAACUUGAAUUUAAAGGGUUAAAUUCCUAAGUCUAGUCAAAUUGAUGAAUGAUUAAUAACCAUUUUUAUUACAACCUGCAAGUGCGGGUCUUUUCAUAAACCCUAGGUUUUUAGGCCCUAUAGAUAAUUUAAGAACAAUUAAUUUGUAAGCUGUAUGAACUAGUCUGCAAAUAGUUGAAAUAACUGCUCCCCUGCAUAGUUGUUUAAAGAUGUAAACUGCUUUAUUAACGCGCUGGGUGUUGAAAUAAAGAGUUGGCCUAAAUCGAA